UGUUUGGGAUGGAAAGUGUGUUUACUGCCUGCAGGGGGACACGAUGGAAGACAGUCAAACUUUUCAUCUCUCACAGAGCGCCUACACUCCGCAAACAGUCGGAUCAGACACACAGCUUCCAGCAUGAGUUUCUGGGCGGCUGCAGCCAGGCCUCUCCGUCUCCCCGCGAUCUGCGCUCGGACUCUGCCGGUGUCCCGGGCCGAUCCGGGGCUCCGACACGGAGCUUACGCCGCGGUGUGGACCAGACGGAACCUGAACGUCCAGACCAACACAGCCCAGGAGGGGAAGCUGAAGAGCAUCGAUGAUCUGCCGGGACCCAGCUGGCCCACUACUCUGUACUGGUUGUUUGUCAAGGGAUAUGCGGACAAGGGCCACCUGCUGCAGCGUUUUCAGAAAAGUUUGUAUGGGCCCAUCUGGCGAUCUCGGUUUGGACCAUACGACAUUGUCAAUGUGGCGUCUCCAGAGCUCAUAGCUCAGGUGAUCCAGCAGGAAGGCCACUACCCGGUCCGAGUGGAGUUACCUCACUGGAAGGAGUACAGGGACCUUAGGGGACAGGCAUACGGCCUCCAUGUGGACACAGGACCAGAGUGGUACCGGAUCCGUAGUGUGCUGAACCCCAAGAUGCUGAAGUUGACUGAGGUGUCGGCCUAUGCCCCCGUCAUCCAUCAGGUGGUUGGAGAUCUCCUGCAACGUAUCGAGUUCCUACGCAGCUGCAGUCAAGACCAGACCACUGUUUCCAAUCUGGCAGCUGAGCUCUACAAGUUUGGAUUUGAAGGCAUCUCGUCAAUCUUGUUUGAGACCAGAAUGGGUUGCCUUCAGGAGGAGAUUCCCAAGGACACUUUGCGCUUCAUCUCUGCUGUCAAUGACAUGCUGAUGUUGUCUGAGAUUGUCGUCAUUUUCCCUCACUGGAGCCGUUGCAUCCUCCCCUUCUGGAAGCGCUUUGUCCAGGCUUGGGACGACCUCUAUAAAGUUGCUCAGACUCUCAUUAACCGAAGAAUAGACGAAAUUGCAGCGCAAGUGCGCCGUGGUGAGCGUGCAGAAGGCCUGUACCUGACCUACCUGCUAGCAUCUGAUAAGCUGAGCAAAGACGAGGUCUACAUCAGUGUGACGGAGCUGAUGCUUGGAGGGGUCGACACGACGUCCAACACCUUGUCAUGGGCCUUGUACCAUUUAGCGAAGGACUGCAGGGUUCAGGAGCACCUGUACAGUGAGGUGAUGUCGGUGUGCCCCAACAACCAGGAGCCAACCACAGAAGACCUGAGCAGGAUGCCGUACCUGAAGGCUGUCAUAAAGGAGACGCUACGCCUGUAUCCUGUUGUUCAUGGAAACGGACGCUUUAUUUCAGAGAAUGAAGUGAUUUUAGACAAGUACUGCUUCCCCAAGAAGACUCAGUUCCAUCUGUGCCAUUAUGCAGCCAGCCAUGAUGAGACAGAGUUCACACAUGCAGAGGACUUCAUCCCGGAGCGGUGGCUCACUGUGGGGAUGCCCAGCAGCCGUGCCGGCAGAGCUACACCUGGCUUCUACCAGCACCACCCGUACAGCUUCAUCCCGUUUGGUGUUGGGGUGCGAGGCUGUGUGGGGAAGAGGGUGGCGGAGAUGGAGAUGUAUUUUGCUCUGUCCAGGCUGAUGCAGAACUACAAGGUGGAGCCUGAAGAUGGAGCACCGACUGUGGAGCCUAAAACCCGGACUUUGCUCAUCCCUUCGAAGCCCAUCAACCUGCGUUUCCUGCCCAGACCCUGAAGAGGGCGUCACGGAUGGUCAGCCGUGCAUGUGCCGACAGUGAACGUCCCAUCUUCCAAGUUUUAUCUGCACAAACAAGGUUUUAAUUGAACUGAAGGGCUAAAAAACCAUUUUAAUCUCCAGAAAUGUGAAAUCAAGUUAAAACUGAACGGUAAUUUAAUUCUGUAGUCAGUCUGGGAGAAGAUUAACUAAGAUCCACUAAUUGCUAAUUUUAGCUACAUUUAGCUAACGUGUGCAUCAUUUAUGCAUAUUAUUCUAAUGAUUGCAGCAUUUCCAUGUUUCCAUGUUUGUUUGGUUUGCUUAUUUAUUUGUUUGUGCAAGAAAAAUCAUAUUUGUCUCUAAAUAUUACUAAUUAUUAAUAUUAAGGUGUAUUUAUGGAGAUUUUACAGUCAGGUCUUUCUGUUCUUUAUGGCUUCAAUGUUUUUAACAGAAUUAAUUAAUAAUUUGCUGUAAAAUCCACAUUCUCACAUAUAAAUGAUAGGUUGCACCUCGCUCGUGCACAGUUACAGCAUUUUAACAGGAAAUGUUAAAAUGUUGCUGUGGUUUGUAUUUGGAAAUGUUUAAUGUGUAUUUUUACAGAUGGAUGUACUGAUGAACUGAACAAAAAACUAUUAAAUUGUUUGUUUUA